AUGGUGUAUGCGGCCUAUCAACUUUACUGGGUGUGUUUCCAUUUUCACAGAAAUGCAACAUGCGACUACUCUCAGUGUUUCAGCUGUCAAGAUUAUAAUGAGUCGCAAGUGUUUGACAACAUAAGUGAUAUCCCAAGCUGCACCUUCGGCUGUUUCUGCAUCAGAUCGCAUAAUGCAGAAGUGUGUGUAGAUCCACCUUUAUGUGAAGUGAGUAACCUGUGUCACGAUCCAGAAUUAGUCUGUGGAUGCCCCGUAUGUCAAGAUGCAGCUGGUGAUUGUUUUGCCAAAUCAGCCGACGACGAAGAGAUUUUAAUAUCUGGUGACGGUCCUCAGAAUGUUGGAUGCGCAGUGUGCACGUGCAAUCUACCAACUAUACCCGUACCAGCGCCCUCCUACACGCAGGCAUUACUACCGGUCAGAACUGCAAAAUGUGACUACUCUCAGUGUGUUUGUUAUGGUUAUGAUGAGUCGCAAGUGUUCGACAACAUAAGUGAUAUCCCAAGCUGCACCUUCGGUUGUUUCUGCAUCAAAUCUGAGAACGUUGCAUUGUGUAUCGAUCCAGCUCCAUGUGAAUUGAGUAACAGGUGUCAGCAUCCCGGUGACGUUUGUGGAUGUCCCGUAUGUUCAGACAGUGAUGACUGUUUUGCAAAAUCAUUCGACGACGAAGAGGUGUUAAUAUCUGGUGACGGUCCUCAGAAUGUGGGAUGCGCAGUGUGCACGUGUGACGCACCAGUUACACCAAUCACCCUUCCCUUCUUUACUCCAGACACGCCAAUCCCAUUACUUCCUGUCAGAAAUGCAACAUGUGACUACUCUCAGUGUGUCUGUCAAGAUUAUAAGGAGUCGCAAGUGUUUGACAACAUAAGUGAUAUCCCAGGCUGCACCUUCGGCUGUUUUUGCAUCAGAUCGCAUAAUGCAGCAUUGUGUAUAGAUCCCGGGUUAUGUGAAGUGAGUAACCUGUGUCACGAUCCAGAACUAGUCUGUGGAUGUCCCACCUGUCAAGAUGCAGCUGGUGAUUGUUUUGCCAAAUCAGCCGACGACGAAGAGAUUUUAAUAUCUGGUGACGGUCCUCAGAUUGUUGGUUGCGCAGUGUGCACGUGCAAUCUGCCAACUAUACCCGUACCAGCGCCCUCCUACACACAGGCAUUACUACCGGUCAGGACUGCAACAUGCGACUACUCCCAGUGUGUCUGCCAUAAUUAUGAUGAGUCGCAAGUGUUCGAUAAUCUAAGUGAUAUCCCAAGCUGCACCUUCGGUUGCUUCUGCAUCAGAUCUGAGAACGUUGCAUUGUGUAUCGAUCCAGCUCCAUGUGAAUUGAGUAACAGGUGUCAGCAUCCCGGUGACGUUUGCGGAUGUCCCGUAUGUUCAGAUACAGAUGACGACUGUUUUGCAAAAUCAUUCGAAGACGAAGAGGUGUUGAUAUCUGGUGAUGGUCCUCAGGACGUGGGAUGCGCAGUGUGCACGUGUGCCGCACCAGUUAAACCAAUCACCAUUCCCUUCUUCACUCCAGAUACACCAUUACCAUUACUUCCGGUCAGAGGCUACUCAUGUGAUUACAGUGGCUGUUACAACCCUUAUGGAAAGUAAAUGUCUUUAUCAAAACAGGUUAGAGAAUGUGGAAGAGUCUGCGUCUGAGUCAGCCUGUGUCCUCGUUACGUCAUGUGCACAUUAACUUUGUUUAAUCAUCAUAUAAUCUCCUGAUUUCCAAUCAGCGUUUUUACUGCGACUAAUCAAUUAGCGUCGCCAAAAGCUGUCGGCGACAGCAUGCAGCGAUUUUAUGGAAACCAAUUCUCUAUACUAUUAGUAUUAGCGUCUUGUAAUAUUGAGAAACUGAAUGGUCUCUACUCUAAACCUGUAUGUUUCCACCAUAAUGUUGAUUGAUUGACUGAAAGCUAUUUUUUUGUAAUAACGGUUAAUCUUUGUUAUUUAAGCUUAUGAGCAAAUAAAUAAAAUCAAUAUGAAAAAAA